AUGAAUGGCCUCACCAUCUCCCCCUUCAUAGCCCAGCUACCGAAGGUGGAACUCCAUGUACACAUCGAAGGUACCCUCACGCCAGCUCUACGCUGGGAGCUAGCCCAACGCAAUAACAUCACUCUACCUUAUGCCACAUUUGAUGAUCUCAAGGCUUCGUACGCCGUGACAUUAAACCACCGACCCGAACUGAACGGCCGCCAGCCUGGCAUUCCAACAUUCCUCGAGGCAUACUUCGCAGGAUGCGAAGUUCUCCGCACCGAGGCUGACUUUUAUGAUCUCGCCAUGGCAUAUCUGCGCCGCUGCGCGGAAAUGAACGUCCGCUACGCCGAACCUUUCUUUGACAUUCAGGCGCAUACGCGUCGUGGUGUGCCUGGAUCCGCGGUUCUUGAUGGUUAUUUACACGCGCAGCGCGAUGCAGCGGAGCAGUUUGGUGUUCGGUCGCGCUGGAUCAUGUGCUUCUUGCGCGAUGAACCCGUAGAGCAGGGGUUAGCGGCAUACAUCGAGGCGAGGCCGUGGGCUGCGGGUACUGUUGAAGGUGGAAAAGGUCUGUUUCAUGCUGUCGGUCUCGCAAGCAAUGCAUACGAGAGGCCGCCGAUGAUUUUUGAAGAAGGAUUUGCACUCGCCCGGGCGGAUGGGUUGCAUGUCACUAUGCACUGCGACUUUGGACAGAAAGAUACCCAUGCUCACAUGACUGAAGCGAUCUUCCAAGUCUGCGAUGGCCAGGGAUCGGAGCGGAUCGAUCACGGACUAGAUGCUGAGGAUCGAGAGGAGCUGUGGCAAGGUUUGCUUGAUAGAAAUAUCGGGCUGACGCUUUGUCCCCAUGCGUAUCAUCGGAGAACUGCGACUGAGGUUUUGUUUCCCAAAAUUCGAAGGCUGUGGGAGAGGGGAGUCAAAAUUUGCAUCAACAGCGAUGACCCGACCCUGAUGCAUGAUGUUUGGAUUGAUGGGAAUAUGCAGAAGAUCUAUACGUUCUGUGAGUUCAGUAAGGAUGAGAUGGUGCAGUUGGCGAGAAACGCGGUGGAUAUGAGCUGGGCCGAGGAUCAGGUCAAAAGGGAACUGUACAAAGAGUUUGAUGAUGUCGACAUCAAUGAAUAG